AUGGGAUGUAAAUUCAGCAAAAAAUCAUCAGGUCGGGUGGGAGUGAUAGAAACGUUCAAGAGUGCUCAUUAUCAACCACUGAUAUCUUCUAAAAUUACUAGAAAGUUGAGAACUAGAAAGAAAGACAGUCGAAAAUUGGAAUAUUCUUCAAACAUUAAAUUUAGUGACUUUUCAACAACGAGUGCCACUUAUGUAAAAUCUGCUUCCGAAACGUCAAAAAUUACCGUCCGGUUAUCUUGUGAUGGUUCUACAUUGGAAAUAGAACAAUGUGACACUACCCAUGAAAUAGUGGACGAUUUGAGUGAAAUAAAAGUGUUCAAUGAACGUGUAGUGCGUUCGUUGAGUGUUCCUAUUUUAUCAUCCUGUACACAUUCUAAUGUCAAAAAAUCGAAAUUUGAAUCAAUGGGAUUAAACAUGGUGUCGCCUGCUUGUGGAGCGGAAUCAGAUCAGAAUCUUACUCUGGGCUCUUCUUGGUUCAAUGAAAAAUAUAAUUUUGAAAACAUAGAUAAGACUCGAUGCCCAUUAGCUUGCCAGAUAUCAGAUGAAAUGUUUCCGACAAAAUGUGAUACAUGCACAGAUAUACCAGCUACUGCGAUUUCUAGGGAACGUAUGUGUAGUAAUUUGACUAGUGUAGACAUCCACAUUGUGCCUGAGACUAACUUCCAUUCUUAUCUUCCCGUGAAAUCUUCAGAUGAAAGAAAAAUCUCUGAUGGAAAUGUAAUCUUAUUUUCCUCGGAAUUACACGGUGAUUACUCAACAGUCCUAUGUCAAGAUGACUCUAGCAAAUUAAACUCUGAUGUUACGUCCAUGAUUGGUAGUGCUGAAGCUAGGAUGGAGAGGUACAUAAAACAAUCAGAAGACGGUGUAAACGAGACUCAUUUCACGGACAUUAGGAAGCCACAAUGUUAUCAAGGCCAAUUUUUAAGUAAUAGUUGUUGUCUAACGACCUAUGGAUUACAAGCUCGAACAAAAGACACCCAUGAUAUCAAUACCUUUAGAGACGAGGCUUGGUUCAAUUUAUUAACUACUGAAAGUUUUAAUAAACAAAUCGUACCAACUGUCGAUAAUGAAGCGAUAUCGUUAAGAACUAAAAACCCGUCUCUUCCAACUCUUCCUCAGCAAUCCAGUGAUACCACUUUAACUAAUGUUCAGAAAAUUGGAGGGUCUGAAUCAAAUACAGGAAGUUCAUAUAUAAAAACGGACAAAACGUGCAAUCAAGAAUCUAGGACAGUCAAAGAACAUGAUAUUAAACCCAAUCAAUUACUAACAGCCACGUAUAUCAAUCAACAGGACGUAAAGACUCUUGAUUUAAAUUUUGGGGAGGAUAUUACGUCCAAUCAAUUAACGUCUACAAGAAGUAAUAAUAGUGAUCUAGGAUCUCUAGACUGUGUCAAUAGUUAUGUUGUAGACACGAGAAUGGAUGACAUUGAACAUCAUUCUAACUCCCAGACGGCUCGCUUUCUUUUUAUGACAUCAAAUCAUGGCAUUGAAAUUUCUCCCAACGGCGACUUUUCAACUCGCACUAUAUUUCCUAACGUUUCAAAUAAUCCACUAUCUUGUUUUUAUGACGACUGCGAAACAGAAUCAAAAAAUCAACUCGUAGAUGGCAAGUUCGGUUUUGUGGAGACCGAAUUUGAUACCGAUAUUGAUUUUGAAAACCGACUUAGAAAUGGAAAUUCAAACGUUACAGACAAAUCAGAUUCAAUUCUUAAUGAUGCUCAUAAUUCUUCAGAUUGGCUCUCUUCUAUUGAACAUUUUCAAGAUGAAAAUUCGACUAAUUCAAGUGGAAUAAAUGGGCGUAAAGUGUCAUUCAAGAUUGAUAUGGAAAACCAUGCGUCCUCAAAUAAUGAUAACCUACAUUAUAGCUACUCAAUCAAAUCUUAUCGUGAUAGUGCUAAAUUUGCACCAAUAAACAACCUCAUUGAAACUGAAUUUAAAACCAAAGAGCUGAUAGAUGAUUUAGGAAACUGUGAUACUAUACUGUGUCAACGUACUUGUCCUCACAUGACUUAUCUAGAAAAAGAUUCUGGAUUCUCUGACAGUUUUCUGUAA